AUGUGGCUAAAAAGCAAAUACAUCGUGGUGGCUCUUCUUGCCGCACCGGCGGCAGCCGUCACACCGAUAUCCAACGAUGAAAUGACCAACUUCCUCAGCCAAGGCGCUGUAGAGCUCGCUACCCGGUAUGCGCCUCUCUGGUUCUUUGGCCAGGCAGUGGAUCAGCCUCCUUGUUAUCCGACCUGGGCUUUCGGAGGCUCACCCAACUCGUCGGACAUAUACGACGCGGCUCACAAAACACCCGCCGCACCGCAGUGCGAGUAUCCAGACGUGGGCUGUGGGUGUCGCAAACCUGGAAUAGCGACAGGGAACCCCGGACCCGCAUUCCCCAUCUACUACACGUUUAAGCAGUGCAAUGAGACCGAAGUUCGGGUGGUGUACAACCUGUUCUAUGAGAAGGACGGAGCCGAGGUGCUGGACCUGAUUGACACGGGCCAUGACUAUGACUGGGAACGAGUCAUCAUCAUCCAUUCAAGAAAUGCGAACAACACCUGGCAGCCCUCUCGUGCACUCCUUUCAGCCCAUAGUGGCUACCAUAAUCUCGCCUGGAGCAGCAUUCAUAGCACUCUGACCACAGAGCAAAUCAACGCCGGAGAUGCUCGAAAGCCCGAUGGAGUCAAGAACAAUGACCACCCAAAGGUGUAUGUGUCGUGGUCGAAGCAUGCACAUUUCGAUACCAUAGAUACUACCUGGCUCGAUCCGCUGAGCCAGUCACUCGAUAAUGCGUUUCGCAGCAACGACUGGUGGCACUUUGUCGACCCGAAGUACUAUAUCCGAUCGGAUAACUCGACCGCAGCUGGAAAAGCCUUCAACAGUACGGAUUGGGGAUCAGCGACGAGUAACCCGCCAUAUGUGCAGGAGAGUGUAUGCUCUGUGCCGUAA